CCAGUGGACCACAGUAGUUCUAACCUGAUCAGAGGCUCUCUGUCCCAUUGUGUGAAUCCGCCCAUCCUAGGAAAUGAGGGCUUCCUGUUGUUUUAUAGAGCCUUCCUGCAAAAAGGUUGAGAUAUGUAAUCCCUACCCACCAGGGAAGACAGGCAGAACGUUGUCAGGCAAAAUGACAGCCACUAGCUUCUCACUUAUGUUUUCUUGGUCUUUUGUGACUCUUCUCAUCUGGGCAGGAUGCACAACAGUGGUUUGUCUGGUUGAUGUAAAGUUAGCGAAACAACCGGCCACUACGAUAGGGUAUCACUCAACAGAAACGAUGGUUGCCAAUGCCACUUAUGGAGAGUCUACCUUGAGUCUACCGUUUGCUUGUGGGAAUAAUUCUCACCAUUGUAAGGGGUAUUGCACCAUCUGUAAUGAUUUUUAUGGUGCACCAACAAUGAAUUGCCUUUCCGCCAUUCUUGAACUUCUAUGUCUCCCCAAAUUUGAUGAAGCAAUGGCAUCACUAAACAACACUGACUGGUGCACUUGGGGCAAUGUGAGCGUUUUAUAUAGCAACCUAAGCCAUUGCACAGAGGAGAUAUCUGACUGUCUAGUGAUUCCAUGGCCCAACCCGCUGGUGGAACAGACCUUUGUGAACAUUCACUCCAGGUUUUUCAAGGAUUGUCCCACAGAGCAGCUAAGCGACCCACCCCCAGUCAUCGUCUUUGCCUUGGUGAUAACUCCCAUCUGCCUGAUCCCUGUCAUGGUUAGCCUCGUGGUGCUUAAGACCAAGAAUGCGGAUGGUAGCUCCUGAAAAUCCUGAAUCUUGGCCUUGCUCACAAUUCCCAAGAAUAUCAUGUUUUUGACCUGCGCUCUCCCUCCUUUCCAAACCUAAGGACUACAGCUUGUUAACACAUACCCCGCAGAUGCGCUUUCAUCCCAACAGUGACCUUGAAGAGGACUGAAUAUUUCUGAGGAAUUCUAAAAUAUUUGCCAUUGAGGAACCCUUUUGAGAAGAUGACACAGAUUUAGAGUCAAUGUCAUAAUCAGUGGCAUCACAAUGAUUGCAUCUGUUUAAUAACAACCUCCUCAAUGCUAACAGAGACACACUGUGACAAAUCUAUGUAAUUAUAAAUUCCUGUACCAUACUGUGACAAAAGUUUGGUUUUCAACCAACCAACUCGAGAUCUGAACAUUUAUCUAGUGGUUACAUCCAAUUUGCAUACGCUAUUUAGGAAACAAAGUUUGUUUUUCUACUUGAAAACCCAGUAUUCAGGGUUAUGAUGACAAAAGCUCUGGAGCUUGCAAAAGUAAAGUCAGACGUAUUUGUGUUGACGCUCCUCUACAUGUUGGAAAGCAGUUGUGUUGAUAAAAGACAAGGUAAUUUUUUUAUAACUGAACUCCUGAACUCUUCUAAUGCAAUUUUAUUUUUCUGCCAAUCAAACUUAACUCUGCUUUGAGCCACCGAUUCAACAAUGUACAAUAUGUAUGCGGAGGACAUGUUCAACCUAAACUGAUUUUAAGUCUGGAUUAGAUAAGGUAUAUGUCCACAUUUGAUCUAGAAAAAGUUAUCUGUAUGUGUAAAGAAAGGACAGGAAAAUUAGUAUGGUGUGAUGCAUGGAUCUGGUUAUGUGUGUCAUAGUGUGUGUAAGGUUUGAGGUCAGAGGUUACAGAUGGAACACAAUGAGUGGGUAUACCCAGAAACGGAGAUUUCUUUCCUGGUAUUGUCUAUUUUUGAACAGUAAGAAACCCUUUAGCACUUUUUCCUGUCCAAACAACGGCAAUCCUCAAUAAGCUAAAAGUAAAGUUUGUCGAACAUCUCCAUCCAGAUCAGACAAAACACCACAGAUGGACAGACAAACAAUUGUCUGUGCAGCAUAGCGAUAAACACUGAGCAACGACACAAAGAUAACAUUUUAUCUUUCACCUGAAUCAUGAUAAUGUGGUAUAUGUAUUGUUUAGUCUUGGAUGACGAUAAAGCCAUUGUAAGUGCUUUCAGA